CCUUUCCGCUUUCCGUUUCUAAAUAAAGCUUCUCGAGGCGCAUCGGGCUCCAAUCUCUCUGUCGCUCUCUCUAUCUCUCUGCAUGCUCGUUUGUUUUAUAAAUGGUGGAUAGCUUCCCCUAUAGCGACAUAGGGGAAUCUGGAUUUCGUGUACCGCGCGUUGUGGUUGUCGUCGGGUUUGAGGAAGAAAAAUCAGCGAUUUGGAGAGGCUGGGAUGAAGGCGAAUGGAGAGGGGAGGACGGUCGCCUUGUCGACGGCGGUGGCGGCGAGCGAUAUGAACCCUCCGGGGUCCGCGGACGCGAGGGGAAAGCACAGGAUCUUGGCCGAGCUGAAGCAUUUGGAGCAGGAAGCGCGAUUUCUUGAGGAAGAGGUAGAGGAGCUCGAGAGAACUGAGAAAGUAUCAGCAUCACUACAAGAAUUGUUGCAGAAGAUAGAAAGCCAUGCUGACCCUCUUCUACCAAUAACGCAUGGACCUGUAAACCCAACCUGGGACAAGUGGUUUGAGGGCCCUCCAGAUUCACGUCACUGCAAAUGCUGGAUUCUCUGAUCUUGACCGUUAAAGAGAGUUAGUUAUGCAGAGGGGUCUCAGAUCAUUUGUUAUGAUAAGCUGAUGGGUCUAUGUAAAGUUCUUUAUAAAUGAAUGUUGCAUUUGUUGGAAAUUUAUUAGGUGAGCAAACACACAAGAGAGCUGUUAUAUGCAUUCGGCUAAUGCAAUUACUGUGUAAUUUCAUGUAUUUCUGUGACCAUUAUGUUUGAUUCAGUUUGUUCCCUUUGAUUGGAU